AUGAUAAAGGCGCAGAAGGUCGAUGCAAAGGACCAGCCACUGAUAGAAGUCGAUUUGCCGAUCUUACAAGAUGUGGCAAGGGGACGAGACGCGCUGGGCGGAAUACAGGCGGAGUUCCGAGGGUGUUUGAUACGGGAAACAAACAGCUGGACGAGCGAAUACCCAAAAAACCAAGAUCCGACUGCCUGCUGUUGCUGGUCGUCAGCCGGAGGAGCUAUGGGGGCGCGAGUCGUUGGGACGGAAUCGAUGCAGAGGCGGUUAGCCACCCAGAAACGCGAGGAAAUGGUUGAAAACGGAAAAAGCCAAGGCCAGAUGCGCACUCUACGCCUUUCUUCCCACUUGACGAAGCCCGGUUUCAACGCAAGACAGGUCGAUCAGAACGAACGGAAGGAGGAAAGAUGGAGAAAGAAAGCGGGCUGGACUGAACUGGACUGGACGAAGCUUGCCCAAGCUCGCAUCUUCUUUUGCCUCACUUGGAUACCGGUGCUCUCUGAUUUCAGGCAGACCGUAGAUUAUGUGGCCAGGCGAGGCAUGGCCGUGUUACCUAAAGUUGUCUACGGCUGGACUACAACUGAACAACCUGGAAACCCGCAAUCAUCCUACCGUGCCUUGGUUCAUUCAUACCUUACCUCUGCCAUUCUCGGCAGUGUUGCCCGCUGCAGCCCUCAAUUUAUCAAGCUACAUGUCUGGAGCCUUCCCGCUGCCGUCAGUGCUAAUGUGGCAUGGGCCAGAGACAUGGUCAAAAGCAGUCUGGAUACCAGAAAUUCAGGGUUCAGCACACGAGGGCCGCUCUGGAAUGUAGUAGCGCCUAAAUCGGUCUACGACGAGAGCGAGAAGGGUAAGGUCAAAGGCACGCCGCAGCCAGCUGCUCGGCCAGCCGCAUCAUGGACUGUGCGACAUCCGGAAAGCGCUGACAAGAGAGGGAGAAAGAAGUUGUCUUGUUUGCUGAUUUCGCGUGGUUUGUGGGGUGGCAAGUCUGCUUCCUCUGGGCUCUGGAGCCGUCUGGACUGGCUGGGCAAGCUCACGGUUGGAGGGAACAAGGCCGCGUCAAAGGCGAAUAAGUCAAUACAAUGGAGACGAUUGGACGGAAUGACUAUGUUUCCGGGUAGUCUAAAACAUGGGAAAUGGAAAGCCAUUGGCAGUCAUGAGUGGGCACUGGAGCAAACGAGGUACCUUCAUAGGUGCAGGUGCAGAUACGCUAGGUCGAGGGCCAAAGCGGCGCUCAUUUUGAUUCUUCCAUGUUCAUCCCAAGUCCCCAAGUCCAACUUCACCAAGCACACUGCACGCGCUGUGCUUUCGGGCCAAUCGUUCCGCGUCGACCUCGACUCCCGAGUCCCCAUACGACCCUUCACUCCGGUUUGGCUGUCUCUCGAGUCUUUGGAGGAUGGUUUUCAGCGCCCAAGGGACUUACAGUCGUUUAUCAAGGGGUUCAAGCGGUCUGAGCGAGACUUCACCUUGACUCUUUUACCGACAAGAUUAUAA